UGUCCAUCAUAAUGCAUUACCAGUCAUGGUGGAUAGGACACUUUGUACAUGGAGGUUUUUGACUGUACGGGCUAAAUGAUAACCCUGAACAGGAGUUAAGGAGUUCACAUAUUAUUAUUGACAUUUGCUCGCUGUUUUUUUAUAUUCUUGCCUGGUUUGAUAUAUAUUACUCUUCUUUACCUAUCGGGCCGUAAGAAACCUGGUGUUUAUCGCACAGAUGUGGAUCUUGUAGCUGCUCCGGAAUUCAUCACAAGACCAUCAUCAUCUUCAUCAUCAGAUUUUUCCAGGGGGUUUGGAUAUCAGAACGACACCUGUCGGAUGACAUGCACCCUAAGCAGACCAUGAUCUGAAGGCCCUACCAGGAGGCCACACACUUUCUUUCUUCCUUCCCUCCUUCCUCUUUUUUUAUCAGUGGAGGAAGACGGGUGAGCCCAGCUGCCUCAGACAGGUGGCAUACAGAGAGAGAGAGAGAGAGACAGAGAGAGAGAGACUCUCUCACACACACAUCUUCAUACAUAGAGGCGACUAGUCGCUAUUUGUGCUCCUGUAACUGCCUCAAGAAAUUUUGACCUCUGACCUCACCACACCCCCAACCUUGCCCCCACCCCUGUUCGGCCAAUCACAGCAGCCAUGGGGAGGAAAAAGAUCCAGAUUCAGCGAAUUACAGACGAGCGUAACAGACAGGUGACCUUCACCAAACGGAAGUUUGGUCUGAUGAAGAAAGCCUAUGAGCUCAGUGUGUUGUGUGACUGCGAGAUUGCCCUAAUUAUUUUCAAUCACUCAAACAAGCUCUUCCAAUAUGCCAGCACUGACAUGGACAAAGUGCUCCUCAAAUACACCGAGUACAAUGAGCCGCACGAAAGCAGGACCAAUGCAGACAUCAUCGAGGCUCUGAACAAGAAAGAGCACCGGGAUUCGGAGAGCCCAGACCCCGAGGAGCCGUUCUCCCUCACGCCUCGCACAGAGGAGAAGUACAAAAAGAUAGACGAGGAGUUUGAUAAAAUGAUGCAGAGCUAUAGGCUUUCAUCCACAGUGCCACCACCCACUUUCUCCAUGCCAGUCACAGUACCGGUGUCCAAUCAGAGCCCUCUGCCAUUCAGCAAUCCCAGCAGCCUCGUCACCACUUCCUUCGUCACCUCCACUCUCACAGACCCGCGCCUGCUGUCGCCACAGCAACCGCAGCUCCAGAGGAACACGGUGUCUCCAGGCCUUCCACAGAGACCUGCCAGCGCAGGUGCCCUUCUGGGAGGUGACCUCAACCAUUCAAACGGAGCAUGCCCAAGCCCUGUGGCCAAUGGUUACGUCAGUGCCAGGGCCUCCCCAGGACUCCUCUCAGUCUCCAACGGCAACAGCAUGGGGAAAGUAGUCUCCCCGUCCACCCAGCAAUCUCCCCCGCCACCCAGCACUCAGAUGGGGAACAGUCGCAAACCGGACCUUCGAGUCAUCACCUCUCAGAGCAGCAAGGGUCUCAUGCAGCUGACAGAUGAAGAGCUGGAGUUGGUGAGUGAGGCUUUCCAGAACGCUCAGCGGUUAGGCGCCUCUCAAGUGACCCAGCCUCUUACCACGCCAGUGGUUUCCGUGGCAACGCCAAGCCUCCUGACUCCAUUCUCCAUGCCAACCGCCUACAACACAGAGUACCAGCUAACAAGUGCAGAUCUCACAGCCCUCCAGGCCUUUACGCCGUCGGGUGCGCUGUUGCCAAGCAACAUGACCACUUGGCAACAGCAGCCUUCCGUAUCCCAGCAACAACAGCAGCAGCCAUCCGUAUCCCAGCAACAGUCUCAGCAGCAGCAACAGCCACAGCAGCUAACUCUGGCCUCCCUCAGUAAUCUUGUCAUGUGGGGCUCAGACAAACAGAACGGAGAGAUGGCUCACUGCAUCUCUGGUCUAGCUGCUAAUCUCAGUGUGACCUCUCAGGGCAGCUUACUCUUGGGCAGGGAGGAAGGGAUCAGCUGGCCUGUGGGAACGAUCCCUCAUGGAGCUACUCUGACGGUUAACACUAACCCCCACGUCAGCAUCAAAUCUGAGCCGGUGUCUCCCAACCGGGAUCGCAGCACCCCUAAUUCCACCGGCGGGGCAACGGGCCUAACUGUGACCCAGUAUCACAGUGGGACGCAGCGUUUGGAGCCCACCGGCCGCUCUCCGGUCGACAGCAUCAGCAGCAACGGCAGCUCUUACGAGGGAAGCGACCGAGACGACGGUGGGCAGCCGCGCCCUCCCGAUUUCAACUCGUCCGGCCUGGGUCUCCUCCGAGCUUCCGGAGAGCAAUCGUCCCAAGCGGAGCAGCAGGAGUCAGCCAAUGUGAAACGCAUGAGACUGGACACCUGGGUCACAUAAACGCUGUAGGAGAGAGCGAGAGAUCUGCUCUCUUACCCGCACAUACACACACACACCGACAUAAACACACCCCUAGUGGCACCUGCUUUCAGCAGCCAAUCUCAGUCCGCACUUAGACACAUGCAUGCGCCUGUCUCUCUGUCUCUCUCUCUCUUCCUGUCUCUCUCACUCUUGUCUCACUCUCAGACACACUCAUAUUUACUGGUGUGUGUGUAUAUAUUUAUAUAAAAUAUGCAUAUAUGAUCACACACGCACUAGAUCUUCACACACACACAGUUGCCAAUCCAGGUGUAAACGUGUCCACGUAUACGAGACUGAAGAGAUGUACUUUUGGUCGCGUCUCUGCUAUCCCUCGCCCCUGCUAAGAGAGGCCGUCCGGAUCUCAGCUCAACUUUUUACAGGCCUUACCGUCGACCAGUUCAGCGGCACUGCUCUGUCAAAACGCCAUAACAACUGCUUAAGUUGCAUAGACAAGCCUGUCGAUCUCUAUUUUUUUUUUUUGUAUCUAUUUCUCUUUUGUUUUGUUUUGUAUGAACGGUUGUAUUUGCCAUUUAUCUUCUCGACUGACUCUUUCUCUCUUGCUUUUCAUGUUUUUUUGACUAUCUGCUUGAGCAGCUGCCUUUAGAAUCGGCCCCGUUAUUGUUGUAACAACUUUAGCAUAAAAUCUUUAUAUUUGUUUUUCUAACUGCGUAAAAACUAGCAUAGUGUGCUUGGUGUGGUGUGUGUGUGUGUGUGUGUGUGUCAGCUGUGAGACGGAGGUGCUCAUUCAUUCAAUUGCUAAACACGAUUCAGCCAAAAAAACAUCCAUCUUUCGUUGUAUCAUAACCUCUCACACCAGUCCCCUCGCUUGCGCACUAGAAGCGUGUCUAUCGGCGGAGCUCGAAGCGCGGACGCCGCUCCGCAUCCUCGGUUUUCUGCUUACGCGUGGACCGUAAACGUAGUGUCGUUGAUGGAAGUGUAGAUCUAUCUGUACUAAUGAGAUUCAGGCGUGCAGGAAACGGACGUGCAGUGUGUGGCUGCAUUUACGAGAGCAGCGGUCUGCCACAUUAUGCUAUAUUUAUUGUUUUGUCUGGCUGUGUAAUUCAGAGAUUAAUUAGUUAACUUUAUGGGACGGGUAUGCUUUAUUAUUGUUUGUAAGAUUCCAUGAAAAAUAAAAAGUGGGGAUUUUAGAUGUUUGAGAUCAUGUAUAUACAAAAUUUCUCAGUGUUUCAGUACAGGUUUAUGUAUAGCAAAAGGAGUUGGUGGUAAACACGCAUCUCAGCUAGGUCAUUUUAGCAAAGAAAGAGAUGGAGGUUGUGUAGCGCUGUGUGUGUGAGAAGCGUUGAGAUUGUACAUAGCGAUGUAUGUUCACAUAUAUUCUGCUGGGUCUUUCUGAAAUAGCGCUGUAAUCUCAGUGGAACCGUCUCUGUCGGCCUCUACCUGUAAAUAAACUGUACCGUGUUAUAAGUUAUCAAGGUGGAGAGGCAGAUGAAGGAGGAUUUGACUGUUUUUAUGCGUGACUCUUUCCCGUCGUUUUUAUCCUGAUGGCGUGCACUUUAAAAUCUUUCCCUCUUAUCCGCUCGCACACCCUCAGAUACACACGUGAGGAAUUUCCUCGCAUUAUCAUUUACACGAUCAGUCCACUUUUUACACAUCUAUCUCCCAACAAAACGAUUCCCUGGCGGCUUGGAAGGGAAUACAGUCUCAUUUCACCUAUAAGACGUUUAAAAGCAUUCAGGGAAGGACGUUUCGUUUUUGUUGUUUUUUUUUUUUUUGGAUUAUAUUGCACUUCACAUGUUUAACCGUGAACAAUUAUAGAAGAAAAAAAUGUCACGUUUGGUUAAAAAAAAAAAAAGAAAUGAAGAAAAAAGACGACAAAUAAAAAAGAUUGUUGUACUGAGAUCUAGAUUAGGCUUUACACGUGUUGCAGAUGUGACUACUAUGUACACAAAUCGUUUUCUGUGCAUUAGUGUAUUCUCCAAGUGACGAAUAUGAAGGAUGUUUUGAAAAAUGACGCGAAGGGAAAUGGGGUUCAAAAUGAUUUCAAAUAUGUUGUAUUUCCCUCUAAAACUUUGACUUAAAAGUGUUAGUAAGGUUAAGGUGAGACUCACCUGUCCGUCAUCGGCUUCUCUACCUCUCCCUCCAUCCUAUCGUAUCUUCUCUUUCUCUCCUUUCCUCCACUCCUUCACUCACAGAGGAAGACAGAAGCCAUUUCAUUUCACCUCAACAGGUGGCCCACCUUUUGUUAAACCAGAUUACACACACUCACACUCACACACAUGAUGGAUGCAGUGCUGGGAGGCGAUGAGAGUAAGCGUUCGUUCGGACUCAUCACAGACGUGCGUUGGUAUCCCUUCGACUGAGGUUCUAGAGCUACUGGGCGGAUGUUUUCUAGAACUGCAUCAUAGCAGAGCGAGGCUUCUGCAGUGCACCCGUUGACUUAAAGACUGUUGUGUCCUGAGCUUUGAACAAAUGCAGUGAUUUCUACGUACGUUUAUAAGGUGACAGCCGGGACUGUGUUGAUUUCCAGGCUAAGACGACGUUCAAAAAGCUCUCUUGAAGACCUCGUGAUAAAAUUAGGAAUCUGAGUAAUCAAAGAAAAGACAAUCGUCCGGUGAAUACUUCACUUUGGUCCCCGUAUUCCCUUUGUAUGAUGUCUAGAGAUUCUCACAUACUUUUUCUCGUGUUAAUUUGUGCUGGUGACAGUUUUAUUGUCUGUUUUUAAUAUAAUUGUUACGAUGAUUAUCAUUACCAUUAUGAUUAUCGUCACAGAUGGUAAUAAUAAUGAUACAUUUAGAAAGACGGUUUUUAUUUUUUUUUGUUUGUUUGUUUGUUUUUUUUUUGUGUAGGUUAGACAUCCUGUUUUAUUUUUAUUUGAUUUUAUUUUAUUAUAUAUGAAUAUUAUAUGAAUCUAUUUUCGUUUCAAUUUCUUUUUCUUUUUUGUUCUUCAAAGGGGUGUUACUAAUAUUGCACGAUUUAUUAAGUAAAACAAAACCGUUGUAGUAAUAUUAGUACUUAUUGCUAAUUGAGGGAAGCGAUAAAACAGGUUCGAUAGAAUGACCAGUUCAAUGCUGCAAUUUUUAGUCAAUUGUACAAUAGUAUCUACACAUAGUUAAGGUGGGACAUCCACACAUUUAAUUUAUUCUGAUCAGACACAAUGCAUGGGCGUCAGACAAGCAAAGAAUGAGUCAUAUUAUAAAUAAACUGAAAUGUAAUUUCAAUAAGAAUAUACAACACAUAAAACUAGAAUAGAAAUUGAAGAAAAAAAGUUUAAAAAAGAAGAAUUAUAGCUAAUAUAUUGUGUUCGGCUAGUCUGCUUUGAGUUUUGUUGUAAAAAAAAAAGAAAAAACGAGAAAAAAAAUUGUUGUUUUCGGAGAAUGAUAUACAGUUUGUGUAUAUUUUCAUAAACAAAGUAUGCACUGAUAUGUUAUUACAAAUUCUAUACUGCUUUUACAAAAGAGUGUUUGUUAUUGUACCAAAGUAUCCAUUGUCCUUUAUGACCCUCCCCUUUUGCGUAUGUUUUAUUGUAUUUUAUAUAUUAAAUAGACAAGUUGACCUACACACAA